CUUCUGUAGAGAUGCAUAUGAAGGGUUAGCCGAUGACCAUUAUGUUAGCUGACAGGCUUCUUCCCGUCGCAUCUCUCAGCCUUGUUCGCCCAAAUCUCGAACCUUCCAGCAUCUACACGGUGAUUCCUAUGCUUUCUUCUUGCUCCUUCUGACUCAUUGAGAGGUUAUAUAACUCGAGAAAAGUUUCUUAACCUCAGCAUGAAUACCGAUCCUUAGCAUCCUCACCAGCCCCACCGUCCCCACCACCAAAGCCCCGCCAGAUUAGACGCUUCUCAACCACUCAGAAAAUAAUCAUUUACUCCAACUCCAUAAUGACGUUGAAAGCAAUUGUAUUCCUUUCACGCAGUCCGAAAGUCACCCCGCAGGAGUUCAAAGACUACUACGAGAAUCACCACAUGCCUCUGGCGAAGGAGAUCGCCGGCAGCUCGUUUCCCACCCUCCACCAGCGCUGGUACCUCGUCCGGAACCCCCGGGAUCCCGCCUCCAUCGAUCCAUCGAACACCAAUUACCUCGCCAAGGUGUAUGCAGGCCAAGCUGACGACUUCCCGUGGGAUGUGUGCGUUGAGAUGAUCUUCGAAGAUAUGCAGCACUGGGGAGCCUUUCAGGCUAGGCUGGCUGAACAGGGGGACCGGAUUGCGGAGGAUGAGAAGAGGUUUAUGGAUCGCAGCAGGGUUUAUGUGGCCGAGAUUGAAGGGCCAUUUGGGUCGACACCUUGAGGGUUGGCACUGGCGAUGGGCGAUGCGUAUGAUGGAAGAAGGGAUUAUAAAGGGUGGGGUGAAGGUAUGUUGUAUUAUCCAAAGUGAUAGUUGGGUUGCAUCAAGCUAGUAUUGUGCGUGCUUGGCAAUGACUUCGAUUCGUCCCUCUUGAAUGUUUCAUCUUACUGGAAGUGGUAUAAUGAGAAGUUCUUAAUUAUCUUAUUUGAUACAUGUUUUAUAAAUUGAUGGUAAUUUGAGCUGGGCUUCUCCUGGUGCGUGCAUCAGUAAAGCAUGUGGUGGUGGUU